UCAGGCCGCUCAAUCGUAAGCAUUGGAAACACCUGAGAGACCCAAUCAAGUUCGCUCUAGUGGUGGGCAUUCAGUGGGCUUCGAUAGUCCGCCGCACCACUCCGUCACCGUCCGACCGGAAUGGCGUACAUGCGCGUGCGAUCGCUCUUCGUUCUAACUUUGUUACAACUAUGCCGAGCUGAAAUAUCGGACUCCUUACCAGAAUCGUGGUAUUCGGCAAACGUGAUCAAUGAUGGCUUCCAACCUAAACCGAUUACGGAGAUAUUCUCAACUGAAUCACCGUUUUCUACAACAAACCCGAUAGUUGUUUUGCCGAAAGAAUCCAGUUCCGUGCCGGACGAGAUUUUGUUGUUAUCAACAUUACCACCUCCGAGGAAGAUAUCAACCACAGGGUCAUCAUCUGCGUCUGUAGUAACAAUACCAUCUUCGACACCACUGCCACCAUCUGUACACACGUUACCACCGUCGUCAGUGCAAACAUCAGUUCCAACCACAUUCCCAACGACACCUUACCAACCGGCGCAACCUGAACGAAUCACUCAGUUUACUGAACAAACCCAACCAGCAUCGGACCCAGCGUUCUCAAUACAACCAGAGAUCCAGCAAACACCUGAACCGCAGCAACCAUCUGGACCCCCGCUAACUCAGUCGCAACAAAUACGAUUUGAACUAGUGCCAGGUCAGAGCCUGCCUGAUCAGCCGUCUAUACAGCAACAACAAUUACCAUCAUCUACAUUAUCACCUCUAUCUAACUACUUCUUGAUCUACCAACAAGCGCCACAAUCCAUUCAAGGAAUUCCAGGGCAGGUAGGAACGUCACAAGAAGUGCCGCAAAGUAGUACAGUCGGGCAAGUUCCUACUACGAGAACACCAGCGACAGUGUUCAUACAACCAUCUCCCACUGUGUCUCCUCCGUCGACCCGCACGGCACCUCCAACAUCAACAACUCCGGUGCCAUCAACAGUUCGAGUUCAAACAACUACCAGGACCACCAACUGCCAAAAUCUAACAAAUACACCUCAAUCUCCACUCUACCCUCUAAGAAUUCGGGUGGUGGCUCCCAGUGGUUCUAUAACGAAUGUGAACUUCAACACACCUGGAAGAACUACGACCACGAGACGACCAACGACGACCAGGACCCGUAGAACAAGCAGACCUAGGAAGAAUAAUUAUGAGACGUGUACAGACGGAUGCAGAGGUAGAAGGGAGCCGAUAUGCGCAGCUCCGUUGGCGAGCGGUUUCUUGGAUCCGAACACUUUGAAGGGCUUCCCAUCUGUCUGUCAUAUGGCCUGCCAUAACUCCUAUAGAAAGGAUCCAUACGAGAAGGUUCUGGACGGUCGCUGCGGGCGGCUGCGCACACGAAUCCGGACGGUUGACUCCAACACAAAGCUCACCAGAGAAGAACUGAACAAGGCACAAUACAUCAUUGACAAUAGUGGAACUAAAACCAUCGUCGAAUUCUCAGGUUUACCCCAAUAAUGGGUCAAGUUUUUGUAUAGACUUUAGAAAACUAAUUCACGUACGACAGAGAAAAUGGCGACGAAAUAAAAAAAAACGAGUCAUGCCAGAGAGUUGACGUCAAAACGUCCACGACAUUUUAAUGAAGAGCCUUUUUUAGGUUUUUUAACAGUCCCACUACGACUUUUAACCACGUGUGAAAAUAAUAAAAUUGUGCCAGAUUGUACUCAAACACUUUAUUUUAAGUCGUUAUCGAACAAUUUAUGUAGAAAAUAAAAUGCUCUAAACUAUUCAUUAUCGAUAAGUGUCGAUAUACUGAGAUAAUGUAGGAGUAAGAGAGUUGAACUGAUUUUAUAAUUAUUGCAAAUAUCUUAUAGUCUAUGCUCCACUGGGCUCACCUAUCAUCUUUUUAUUUUUUAUACCUUUGUCUUUAAUUUAACGGUAAAGACAUUAGAAGUAAGCAUCAUUCAUGUUGGUAUACUGAGUUAUGUUAUUUUUAAUGAAAAAUGAAAGUUCGUGUAUGAGUUUGGGAAAUGAACAGUCGAUCUUUGCCGCCUGUCAUAAUUUCGACUGAUAUGGUCUUACUACAAAAACUUAACCAUGUGUCAAACACUUGUCUAAAAAAAAUGUGGUUCCAAAAUGGACCUUAUUUCAACGUCAUAAUUUGUCAUUUUUUAGACAAGUCUUAAACUGACGUUUAAAAGAUUUUGUGGUAAGACGGUUUAACUUUAUUUAAUUUUCUUGUAAGAGAUAGAUCUACUUUUUACUUUUUAUUCCGUCCAUAGAGAUGUACAUAUUUGAUAUCUUAUGAUAUUGUUUAAUAAAUAUUUUUUAAAGUAA